AUGCCUCCUCUCAAGCGACCCUCUGGUCUUAUGUUCCAGAGUCAUUUCGCAGACGCUGUGGACCUUGACGCACCUGACAAACACGAUAUCCCUGCUGGAGAUGGGUCCGCUUCAGGCGUUAAGAGCCGUGCUAGAGAUGUGGUAGACGCUGGUAAAGACUGGUUCGCACGGAGCAUGAGCAAGCUGGGACAGAAAGAGAAGAAACUUUGUGCAGCGUGUGAGCGCAUCCCGUUUGACGAGUGCCUGCCUCCGUCAUCGAAGGGCAACGACGAAACGCCUACUCAGGUACCUCCAAAGCAACAAGCGAUCAUUUUCUAUCGAAGUUUAGAGAAGAUACUGGAAAACAGCGGACACUGCAAGCUGUGUAGUUUGUUGAAGCAGAGUGUGUGCCAAGAAGAUCACGACCUGCUGAAAGCUGAACACAUUCGAAAGCAUCUACCCAAGGGAUUCAACGAGAACACGAGCAUGUCUGUCUGGAUCGCAAAGUUCAAAGACAACGUCGAUCUGUGGCCCUUCGGCUAUACCUCGGACCGCUCGAGUGCUUCCGACUAUGCAAUGGAUGAGGUCGAGAAGCUAUUCCGAGACGCCGAAGCCCGGGAUACAGCGAUGAACAGUGUCAGUGAUAUGUACCAAUCGAUAGCAGAUGAUUCAGCACUGGCAGUCGAAGCGGCACAGCUUGCUCUGAACAUGGUCCCACUCUCGAGGAUAGAGGACCAGAACGCACGCGAGAUGGUUGCGGGACUGCAAUUUGUGUUCCGCCAGGUCGCCAAAUUCCAGGACAUGAUCCGUCACAAGUUACCCUGCAUUUUCAUGUUCAGGAUGUAUCGUGGCAAGGAGAAAAAGGCUGGAGCUUUGAGUGUUCGCGUUUACGCUCACGGAGGGGCUGCGUUGGCCCCGUUGCAAGAGAUUACCCACUUCAGUCUACGGUUCGAGAACAUUGUGGAGCCACGACUUUUCGAGAAUCAACUCUGGUAUGGAAACAGAUUGGGAAAACGCAUCGACAUUGCCUUCUUCAAACAUUGCAUCAAAGAGUGCCAACGUCACAGCGGUGAAGCUGGAUGCGCUAGUUCUUUGAGCAACCCCGUCAAACCCGACGAGACGGAAUUUUGCCUCAUCAACGUACAGACAAUGAGCGUCAAGGUACUUAAGUUUCGUGAGGUCAUGAAAGAAGACUCGCAAUAUCCGUAUACAGCACUCAGCUACAUAUGGGGAGAGCUGAGCUUGCUCGAUGGAUGGAUUCCCGUUUCAGAGGCGAGUUCAGAAAAGACAACAAGAUGGAAAAAGAGAACGCCGGAUGGUAGUUUGGUCUUCCGAAAUGAUCGUCCUGACAGAACAAAGCUCACAAGAGGACACGAGUCUGACAUUCUGUACAGAGACGGGGGUCUUAAGGAGAUGAUAUCUAGCAUACCAAAAACCAUUCUGGAUGCGAUCGAAGUUACCAGGGACGUAGGCUUGGACUACUUAUGGGUCGAUGAGCUGUGCAUCAUUCAGGAUAGAGCCGACCCUGACAACAAACUCAACAUUGGCCGCAUGCAUAUGAUAUACAACCACGCGCAGUUUACGAUUGUUGCAGCCGACGGCAAAAAUGCGGGUUCUGGUCUGAGAGGAGUAGGCUGUGAUCGGGGCGAGCUCAAGCAGAUCAGCGAGGAAAUCAUCCCUGGGGCGAGCAUGUCAUUGCCGGUUAACAUCAAAUGGGACAUUCGAUUGUGGGAGUCAAGAUUAUGGACUUUCCAAGAGAAAGCCUUAUCGAAAAGACUUCUCGUCUUCACUGGUGGCUGCGCAAUCUGGUUUUGUAGAGGUGGUAUCUGGAGGGAGGAUGUAAACGCUUUGGAUGGCGACAUCUCCGCCGUCAGGUUCUCUUGGCCUCGCAUGGCCGCUACUUCAGCGCUUUCUGGGGACAAAAUGGGAGAAGCAGGUCUGAAUUUCCGAGCAGAUGGCAGCGUUCGUCUGCUUAGACGGGCUGCAAUGUAUGAUUACAUUGCAGCAGUCGAAGACCUAAGUGCAAGGGACAUCAGCGAUGCCUCGGAGAUUUUGGAUGCCUUCAAAGGUGUUUGUAAGGUCUUGGAAAGCCCCAAGCGUCUCGGCACACAGUUUUGGCAAGGGCUUCCUGUCCAACACAUGGACGUUGCAUUACUUUGGCAAACUACCAAACCAGCAUGUCGACCAGAGAACAGCUCUAGGGACGAUCGGAUCCCACCCAGCUGGUCCCCUUUUGGUUGGGAAACAAACCUCAAAGCUGAAGGCAAUGCCGCUGCGCGUACCCUUAUAGAAUACCCGAAGCCGUACGAAGUAUGGUCGGAUGGCAAGGGCAUAUGUCUGCGUCGUGAUCCAGAUGGAACAGAUGAGGAGGCACGGAUGAGAACACGAGGUUCGGAAAAAGUUGCGACUGAGGAGCGUAUUCGUCCCAUCAGAUACACUCUCUGGAGGCCUGAUAUGUCAGGCCCAUCUCUUCAGCCCGUUGGCCUGUUCGGUCGAAAGAAGAUAAUGGAUGGAUUCGAUCCUCCUGAUUGGGAGUCUUCUAACUCAAAAACAGAACAGCCUCGAAUCCCACCUGCGAAAACCUUGGAUGACCGAACGCUGGUGAUAUUCGCUCAAACUGCGAUCCUCAUCCUCCAUCAGCAAACCUGGAGGACAACAAGAACCUCCUACGUCAAAAAUCACGACGUCUCCAGAAUUACCUUCGAGGAUAAAGAUACCACGUCUGCUACACCAGGAGAAACCAUCACAACACGUCAAGAGUACUGGCUUCGCGCCCAGAAGACAGAUGGUGGUAUCAGCUCCGAAACACGCCCGACGAAUGUGAAGGGCGAUAUUGAAGAUGUCAAGAUAGGCGUGGGCAGAAUCGACGAGUCCGGCUUUGGUGCAAUAAACAUGAGCGUCAAAGCUGUAGUUCUCUCGGAAGCGCAGUACCUUGGAAACGAAGACGUACCAGAUGUGUUCGGGUAUCCGUUGUACACUGUGAUGCUCGUGCGCCAGAUCCAGAAGCACGCUGGAGUGUAUGAGCGUGUUGGAUUAGGUCACGUUUACAAGAGCAAGUGGAGGAAGCUUUCACCAAGAAAGAAGACAGUGUGCCUGAUCUGA